AUGCGAAGGAGCGUCUUCAACGAGGGGCCCGAGGACGCUCUGGUGCCGGACAACGCCCCGCCAGAGAUACGUAAGGCCACUGCCUGCUUCACCCGCCAAGCCAAUACCACCGCCUGGCCGGUGCUGGGCAACGCUGCAUGUGUCGCAAGCAUCAUCGAGUGCUCCCGGUGCGGCCACCGCAUGCAUGUCAAGUGCGGCGAGAUCUGGUUCCAGCAGAGGCGAACGUGCCCGUACUGCAGCGUGGCGGACGACGGUGGCAACGUGCUUGAGAUCAAGGCGAACGGGCCUGUUACGCUGCGGUACUGCCAGCCGGGCAAGCCCAGCCAAGGCACGCCCUCGCGGCUGACCUCCACUGGUGUUGGUAAGGGCAAGCUCGCGGCGCCGGAAUGCGAUCGCUCUCACUUCAUCGUUGGCGCCUGA